AUGGCUGCAACAAUGCCAAUAAAUCCAAAACCAUUUUUAAAUGGUUUAACUGGUAAACCAGUUAUGGUAAAACUGAAAUGGGGUCAUGAAUAUAAAGGUUAUCUUGUCUCUGUCGAUGGAUAUAUGAAUUUACAAUUAGCUAAUACAGAAGAACAUAUAGAUGGAAAUUGUACUGGCAAUCUUGGUGAAGUUUUAAUCAGAUGUAAUAAUGUAAUGUACAUAAGAGGUGUGGAAGAGGAAGAUGAAGAAGGAGAAAUGAAGGAUUAA